AUGAACGAUGAAUCGCAAACAAUGGUUUCCUUGGUAAAAUCUGGUUUAACCUUGCUUUCUUUACGUAGACCAGUCACUGCCUUCUUGGGCCGAAGCACACCUUCGAGGAAGGCAAUAUUGGCAACUUCUGGGCUUGUCACUCUUUCAUCCGCUCUUGGACAAACUACCUCAACAACAAGUUGCACGGCAGGAAAGAUGUCUUACACGACUGAGAUAGAAACUGGAUACUUGAAUGCUGAUAAUGCGUAUGAUUUGGAUGUGGAACUCAUGUCCCAACCGGGUUUCUCAUUGGAGCAGUUGAUGGAACUGGCUGGCUUGGCAGUAGCCGAAGCUGUCUACCAAGUUUUGCCUCCUUCCUCUGAAAGUAAACCAAGAAUUCUUUUGAUCUGUGGGCCAGGAAAUAACGGCGGCGAUGGGUUGGUGGCAGCCAGACACUUAGUUUUCUUUGGGUACGAGUGCGUUAUCAUGUAUCCCAAACAAUCCAAGAAGGAGCAUUUCGUCAAUUUGGUCAAACAAUGUGAGGACGUUGGCGUCACAUUUAUCGAUGAGUUUCCACACACAAAUGAAUACGAUGCCAUUGUCGACUCUAUCUUUGGGUUCAGUUUCAAGGGCGCUCCUCGUGAGCCAUUCAAGACUGCCUUGGAAAAGAUGCAAGAGGUGCAAAAGAAGAAACCUGAAUUUCCUAUCAUUUCGGUCGAUGUUCCGUCAGGAUGGAACGUGGAUGAAGGGGAUGUUGCUAAGACGGGAUUUGUACCCUCAGUAUUGAUCAGUCUCACAGCUCCCAAAGAAUCAGCAAGAAGUUUCCCAGGAAGGCACUUUGUUGGUGGUAGAUUUCUCCCGCCUGUUUUGGCCGAGAAGUACGGAGUGCAGAUGCCACCUUAUCCAGGAGUGAGCCAAGUCAUGGAGAUUACGAAACCAAAAUCAAAGGGUAUAGACAGCUCUUGGGAAGUCGAGUAUGCAGCAUACCUUGAAGAAAAGGGUGCGAAGGAAAAAGAAAACGAAGUUGCUGCUGCAGCUUCUCAACCCAAAUCGGAUAAAAAGGAUGAAGAGAAUUGGGAACAACAAUACCAUGAUUACUGUGUUGAAAAGGAAGCUAGGUUGGCCGAAGAGGAUGCCCGCAAACGAGCGGCGGAGAAAGAAUCAUCAUCAUCGUAA